UCCCAGCCUACAGUCAUUGGGGCAGCAGUCCAGUAUCAAUGGCAGCCCCUGUAGAUCAAAUCCCAGACAUAGAAGAAAACACUACUGAGGACACUGAUCAAAGAGAGCAACACAAAGCCUUUCGGACCGAAAUUACAAAAAUUGGAAACGAGAAAACAGUUCAAAUCUUCAAAAUAGCUGCAAUUGAAGUUUUUGGAGUUCAAGUGGCACAGGUAGAAAAAAUAACAAGCUUUUCAGAGGUUUAUGAGCUAAUUGAGAAGGCUAUCACAAAAGAUGUGGCUCCCUACAUUGUUCAUGAGAUCCUUGAAUUCAUCGAAAGCAUACAAGGCCUAGAUCCAGAUGUAACCAGGGCAUUAAAGGAAAAGGCAAGGGCUGCCAUCACUGAUAAAGUUGAUAUUAAAAGCAAAUAUCCAAAUCUUGAAUUUGUUUUGACAUUAGGGGUCAUGGUAUCAUCUAUGGAAGAAAAUGACUAUGAAAAAUUUGAUGGACACUUAGCCAAAAAGAUUUUGAAAACUCCUCAUCAACAAAAAAUGGAACGAUGCAUGAUUAUACAUGAAUUGAUACAGAGAAAACAUUUGAAUUUGAAACCAAAUCAUUCAAACGAUACAAGAGAAACAAUGCCAAGAGCUGGUGAGACAGUGGCUACCCGCACAGAAGGCCUUGACCCAGCCAAUGAAAAUAUCAAAAAAAUCAGCAAAUGGCUUGAUCAAUCUAGUUGCACAACUAAUUGGGAUUUCAUUGAGAAAUACUGUGAAAGGAAUGGCAUAAAACCACCUAAAAAAGGAAAUAUUAUUGGCAAAAAGAAAACGAUAAGUCUAGUCACCCUAGUGGUAUCGGCUGUUACAAUUAUUUGUCUCCUUCUUGGUGCAUUUAUUUUGGUGAUAAUUUUUUUUCACGAAUCAAGUGAGAACACAAUAGAAAUCAAUACAUAUCAAAAUCAGACACUACUUUUAAUGUCAUAUAAUUCACAAACAAUCAGUAUCAAUGUGUCACUCAAUGUAGAGGAUACAAUCCCCGACCUUGUUAACUUUAAUGUUUAUACAAGCAAUACUGUUCCCAACAUAACUCUACAAGAUCUUCUUCUAUACAAUUUACAUAAUUUAUCUAGUGAUCGCAAUGAUCAUGGAAGCCAUUACAACUACAAUUACAUGGAUGGUGAUAUUCCUAUUUUUCUACAAAAAGGGUCAAGCAUCAACUACACUUUACAUUUCACAAGUACUUGCACAGGUGUAAUAGUGACAAAUAAUAGUGCAACUCUCUACUUAUUUGACAACGUUGAAGACUACAAGCAUUUCAAAAGCAAACAUAGCAAUGUGCCAGUUGCUAUAUCUCACUUUGAUUCGAUUGAUAACUUAUUUUGGAGCUUUUCUAUUAAGUAUGACUCUCUAUACUACGUUGGACUCCAAAUAGAAGAUUGUUGUCUUGUUUCAGGUAAUGUUACUGUCACUCAAGCAUCAUAUGAGAGCUCAACAUUGAGACAAGUCUGUAAAACUUUAGAUGUUUCAAGGCCAUAUUGUGUGAUUGAUUUGCCUCAUCAUUUCACUGAUUGUGACAAUAAGGGUCAUGUGUUUGUGAGCAUUCCAGCAGGUGAUGCCUUAACAAAGAUUAGUUAUAGAUCUAAAUUUUAUUAUUUUAGCUGUAUUUUUGCUUUAAUUGCAGUCCCUUUAUUAAUUGGAUUGUUGCUCUUUUUUAUUGUCAUUGUUCCUUGUGUCUAUGUGUGUAAAUAUUCUUGUAAUUUUUGCAGGAGACCUGCUGAUUAUAAUUCAUUGAACAGUAGUGAUUCUAAUUAAUCCUAGCUAUUUUUUAAUGGCUAUCUGUGUGAUCAUAAAAUCAUAUUUCUUAUUUGCAAUGCUUAUUUUUUUUAAUUAUUCUUUUUUUUGUAAAAUUUAUUCUAUUUUAUUUUAACUAUUUUGAUUAAGAGCUAUGU